UUUACCCUCCUUUUUGUUUUUAAUUACGGGUUGGAACCGACUUCUUUCUUUUCCAGAAAUCUCUAUUGAAGCAACAUAGAUAACCACAGUUGAAACCGACCUCAUGUUUUUCUGGAAGUCUCUAUCAAAAUCCAGUCUUAUAACCAACCGACCUCAGAGAUAAAAAUCAAAAACAGUGGUGCAAGAUAUUUUCUUUGCAAUUUUCGAUUUAUAAUUCCUUCUGCUAUAUAUAAAGAAGGAAAGUGAUCCAUCCUUCUCAGGAAGCCUCUAUCGAAAUCGAGCUCCAUAAUCAACCGACCUCGGCGAGGGAAUCGAAAUCUAGAACAGUAAGAAUUGGGUAAACCUCUAUGAGUAUUUAUAUUAAACUAUUAAUCAUACACUGAAAUUGAUCUGUUUGUAUUUGCAGUCUCUAUCAAAGUUGAGCCAAAGAAGAAUAUAAAAGAAGACACGCCUCUUUGAAUCUAAAAAGGUACAGAGUAGAUGUAUGUAUAACUAGCUGGAUCUGUUAAUUAAGUGUUAAUAGUUGUUUCUUCCACAUUUUAAUUGGAUUAUAUGUGUAAAUACAGAGAUGGCAGCUAAGAAUGCCAAGAGAGGGAUAAAGAGGUUCUUAGAACAAUCUACAGGUGAUCGAGUUGAUCAAGGAAAAUCUGAAUGUAGUCAUGUCAGAUCAAAGAGAUUGAAAGCAAUGCUUGAUCCAGACAAUGCUGGAGGAUCUAAUGAAUGUCAGAAUGAGAUGCAAUUGAGAGAUAAUGAUGAAAAUGCUGCUCAAGGAGAGUCGGAGCAUUUCAAGGAAACCAAUUCAUGUAAAUUUGUACAAACUGAUAUAGUCACAGGUCGAUGCUCACAUGCAUAUGGUCAGGCAUCAUAUCAAAAGAAUAGAGAAGGAUUGAUUGUCCAGUAUGAAGAUUCAGGCGAUAAUAUUCAUGCAUGUAAUCAUUGCAAUGCAUGUUUUUGGUUUGGAGAAGCCAUUAAACAAUCAUCGUCCAAUGCACCGCUUAUCUAUACAAGCUGUUGUAAAAAGGGACAAAUCAAGCUUGAACAAUCGAAACCAACGCCAUAUUUUUUGGAAAAAUUAUUAGAUCCUAAUAAUGGUUCAGAAAGUAAACAUUUUAGAGAGAAUAUUAGAGUUUACAAUUCAAUGUUCUCCUUUACAUCUAUGGGAGCAACAAUUGAUAAAAAAAUCAAUACUGGAUCAGGUCCUUAUGUUUUUAAAAUAAGCGGUCAAAUACAUCAUUUAAUGGGUUCUAUAUUACCUUCUAACGGAGAAUGUCCUAAAUAUGCUCAAUUAUAUGUAUAUGACACAAAAAAUGAGGUAUCAAAUCGUAUAAAGGCUAUUGAUCCUACCCAUGCUAAUUCACAUAUUAAGGCAGAUAUUGUUGAAGGUCUUAUUAAGAUGUUUGAUGAAAAUAAUGAGUUAGUAAAAGAAUUUCGAACAAUGAGAGAUAAAUAUGAAAACGAUUGUUUACCCUCAUUAAGUAUGAGCAUACUUAAUCGUCAACCUACUGAUAGUAAACAAUAUGAACAGCCAAUAAGUGAUGAAAUUAGUGGGUUAGUUGUUGGUGAUAUUGGAGAAUUCAAUUCAAAUAAAGAUGUAAUUAUCGAAUCCAAUAGUGGACAAAUGCAACGUGUUUCAAGAAUACAUCCAAAAUAUAUGUCAUUACAGUAUCCAAUACUUUUUCCUUAUGGUGAAGAUGGUUAUAAAAUAAAUUUAUUAUUGCAACAAAAUGCAAGUGAUUCUGAAAAAAAGAGAGAAAGAAUGUCAAUGCGAGCUUUUAUUACUUAUCAAAUUCAAGAUAGAAAUUUCUAAUGAAAAUAGUACUUU